ACACUGAUCUGAGUGCAGAGGCCGAGGACGCACAGCAGCAGACCUGUGAGGGGAUUCAAGGAUCAGUAGACUCUCCUGCUUCCGCUGAAGUGCCUUUGAGCCAGACCCUGUGCCAGGAAGAAGAAAGAAUCCCAGAGGCGUUUGCAGAAUGGCGGCGAAGGGGCGGCUUCUCCUCGGCCUCAUCAUCGUGCUGGCGUGUUUCUACGGCAACGCUGCAGAGAAGACAGUCUGCACUCAAGAGGCCGUGGCCGACAUCGUCUUCAUGGUGGACGGGUCGUGGAGCAUCGGCACUGAAAACUUCCAGCAGAUCCGUCAGUUUCUGUACACGCUGGUGAACAGCUUCGACGUCGAUCCUGAACACGUGCGCAUCGGGCUGGUCCAGUAUAGCACCACUCCCCGCACCGAGUUCAAGCUCAACACCUACCAGAGAAAGACGGACAUCCUGCAGUCCAUCAACAAGUUGCCUUACAUGGGGGGCGGCACCCAGACUGGGCUAGGCCUGGACUACAUGCUGAAAGAGCACUUUGUGGAGGCGGCGGGCAGCCGAGGCCAGAACGUGCCGCAGAUUGCUGUGGUGAUAACGGACGGAAAAUCACAAGACAACGUGGAGUCCCACGCUCAGGAUCUGAAGAGAAAGGGGAUUGUUUUGUACGCCAUCGGUAUCAAAGAUGCAGAUGAAGAUCAGCUGAAGGAGAUAGCCAACGAGCCGCACAGUCAGCACGUCUACAGCGUGUCUAACUUUGCGGCGCUGCAGGGAAUUUCUCAGAGCAUCGUCCAGACGCUUUGCACUACUGUAGAGGAAGUCAAACGACAGCUCCUGCAGUUGUCUCAAGAAUGUGCCAAAGCCAGCUUGGCAGACAUCGUCUUCCUGGUGGACGGCUCCUCCAGCAUCGGCAUCAGUAACUUCCAGGAGGUCCGACAGUUUCUCCGAAGUGUCGUGACAGGACUCGAGAUCGGCCCCAACAAGGUUCGUAUCGGCCUGGCCCAGUACAGCGAUGACACUUACCAGGAGUUCCUGCUGAAGGAUCACAUGGACAAGACAUCCCUGCUGGAGGCGGUGGACACAUUUCCCUACCGAACAGGAGGCACGGAAACAGGCAAGGCCAUCGACUUCCUCCGGACGCAGUAUUUCACGGAGGAAGCAGGGAGCAGAGCCGGCCAAAGGGUGCCUCAGAUCGCUGUGGUUAUCACGGAUGGAGAUUCCACGGACGAUGUGACAGCACCCGCCCAGCGCCUGAGGCAGCAUGGGGUCAUCGUGUUUGGCAUCGGGGUGGGAGCAGCCAACCUGCAGGAGCUCCAGUCCAUCGCCAACCGUCCUCCAGAGCGCUUCCUGUCCUCCAUCAGUAACUACGCAGCUCUGCAGACACUGAAAGACAGUCUGCUGAAAACUGUGUGCAUCUCUGUGGAGGAUCAGAAGCAAGCCUUGGCAGAAAGGUUUGCAGACAUCUUCUUCCUGGUGGACAGUGGCGUGACUGCGGCAGAGUUCCAGCAGAUCAGGAGCAUCCUUACCCGACUCGCCAAUCAGCUUAACAUUGGAGCGUCCGCCUACCGCCUGGGCUGGGCUCAGUACGGUCAAGAUGUCAAGGUGGAAUAUCUUCUUAAUGCUCACCAAUCCAAAAACGAGACGCUCAACGGUGUGAAGCGCUUCCGCCAGCGUAAACUGCAACCCAACGAGCCUCGUAAUCUGGGCAAAGCGCUGCUGUACGCCAGCACCAACAUCUUCACGAGUGAGGCGGGAAGCCGUGCGGAACAAGGCUACCGACAGUUCCUGGUGGUUAUAAGUGGGAAAAACUCUGAUGAUUCCAUGUAUAGGGAGUCCCGCCUGAUCAAAUCUUCUGGAAUAACCGUGGUUGGGUUGAGCCUAGGUGCAUCAAUGCAGGAAAUGAGAGUCGUUGCCACUCCACCGUACAUAUACCAGUCCAUCACCAACAUUGUACCAACACUGAAGGCUGCUUUUGAAACAGAGGAAGCGCAGACCACUCUUACUGGAGAUUGCAAAGCUGCCAAACUGGCCGACAUUGUGUUCAUCGUUGAUGAGUCUGGAAGUAUUGGAACCCCCAGCUUCCAGCUUGUGCGCACUUUCCUGCACUCGAUUGUGAGCGGCCUGGAAGUCGGACCAUCCAGAGUGCGGGUGGGCAUCGUGAUGUACAACACAAUGGCCACCGCACAGGUCUACCUCAACACCUUCAACAACAAGGACGAAUUGCUGAAGUACAUCAAGAUCCUGCCCUAUCACGGAGGCGGCACCAACACUGGAGAAGCCCUGAAGUUCGCCCUGGAGAAGGUCUUCAUCAAGCAAAAUGGAAGCAGGAAGGAUUCUGGUGUCCAGCAGGUGGCGGUGGUGAUCACAGACGGUGAAUCGCAGGACAGCGUGAGCACGCCGGCGGCUGAACUUCGGCGGGCCGGUGUCACCGUUUACGCAGUAGGGGUAAAAAAUGCGAACCAUGCCCAGCUGGUGGAGAUGGCGUCUCAUCCCCCGAAUAAGCAUAUGUUCAUUGUGGACAGUUUUGUCAAGCUGAAAUCUCUGGAGCAGAGCCUGCAGAAAAUUCUGUGCCAAAACAUCCUCCGGCAAGCAAUAUCUGUCAGUGCAAGAGGAAAUACCAUCAAAGAAGGCUGCGUACAGAAGGAUGAAGCAGACAUCUUCUUCCUCAUCGAUCACUCAGGAAGCAUUUACCCCAACGACUUCAAGGACAUGAAGAAGUUCAUGAUUGAGUUUCUAAAUACCUUCCGCAUUGGGCCACAACAUGUCCGCAUAGGGGUUGUGAAAUACGCAGAUUCACCAGAUUUAGAGUUUGAUCUGACCACACACUCAGAUGUCAAGAGUUUGGAGGACGCUGUAGAGGCAAUAAGACAAAUAGGAGGCGGGACAGAGACAGGAAAAGCACUCACUUCCAUGGUACCACUCUUUGAUCGAGCGCUGGCCACGCGUGGUCACGAAGUCCCGGAGUACCUGGUGGUCAUCACUGAUGGAAAGUCCGCUGAUGAAGUGAAGAUUCCUGCAGAACAAGUAAGGGCGCAAGGAGUCACUGUAUACGCCAUUGGGGUGAAAAGUGCAGAUUCAGUUCAGCUGCAAGAGAUCGCCGGCGACCCCAAGAGGACUUUCUUCGUCAACAAUUUUGAUGCUCUGACGCCGAUCAAGGACGACAUCAUCACAGACAUCUGUUCUCCAGAGGCUUGCAGUGAUAGACCGGGCGACCUCCUCUUCCUGAUUGACAGCUCUGGAAGCAUUGGCCCUCAAGACUACGAGAAAAUGAAAGAGUUCAUGAAAUCUGUCAUCACCAAGUCCGCCGUCGGGCAGGACAACGUGCACGUCGGUGUCAUGCAGUUCAGCACCAUCCAACAGCUAGCGUUCCCCCUCAACCAAUACUUCAGCAAGGACCAAAUGCUGAACACCAUCACAGCUAUGCAGCAGGUUGGCGGCGGCACGCUCACAGGGGCAGCCAUCACGGAUGUGUCGCAAUACUUUGACGGACUGAGAGGAGGGCGUCCUGGCAUGAGGCAGACGCUGAUAGUGAUUACAGACGGUGAGGCACAAGACGAGGUCAAGGUACCCGCCCUGGCUGUGAGGAACAAGGGAGUGGUGGUUUACGCCAUCGGAGUGGUGGACGCCAACACCACCCAGCUGCUGGAGAUCAGCGGCUCAGCAACAAGGACGUACACUGAGAGGGAUUUUGACGCUCUGAAGGACUUGGAGAACGAGUUGGCCUUGAAGCUAUGUAACACAGACACAGACUGUAAGAAGACGGAAAAAGCUGACAUCAUUUUCCUGGUGGACGGCUCCACGAGCAUAACCCUGGAGAAGUUCAGAAGCAUGCAGAAGUUCAUGUCGUCCAUGGUGAACGAAACCACCGUCGGCAAGGACCUGACGCGCUUCGGAGUCAUCCUGUACUCCACCAAUCCCAAAUCCGUGUUCACCCUGAAACAGUAUAGCUCAAAACGAGAGGUCCUCAGAGCAAUUCAAGAUCUGAAGUCCCCGUACGGAGACACCUACACCGGCAAGGCUUUAGCGUACUCUUUACCGUUCUUCAACAAAGACAACGGCGGCCGGGCGGACCUCAAGGUGCCUCAGAUCCUCAUGGUGGUCACGGACGGGGAUGCCACAGAUCGCCACAGUCUGGUAGCGCCGUCCGUGGAUCUGCGGGAACACGGGAUCAGCGUCUUCAGUAUCGGAGUGGAAGGAGCCAACAAGACACAGCUGGAGAUCAUGGCCGGGCACGAGUCCUCCAGAGUUUUCUACGUGGAUAAUUUCAAGGCCCUGGAGAGUCUGUACAAGAACAUUACUCAAGCCCUUUGCGACACCCCGCCAGUUUGUGAGAAACAGCAGGCCGACCUGGUCUUCCUUCUGGAUCAUUCCGGCAGCAUCCUUCCGGAGGACUACACCAUCAUGAAGAACUUCACCACAGAUCUAGUGAACAGCUUCAAAGUGAGUGAGAAUCUGGUGCGUGUCGGACUCGCCCAGUUCAGCAGCGAGUUCCAGGACGAGUUUUACCUCAACCAGUUCUACAGCCAGGAAGUCGUGAACAAGCACAUCUUGAGCAUGUCGCAGAAGGGAGGGGGCACUGAAAUCGGACGGGCCCUGGACUCCAUCAUGGGCUAUUUUGAGGCGUCACGUGGCAGCCGAAGAUCUGCCGGGAUCUCCCAGAAUCUGGUGCUGAUCACGGACGGGGAAUCUCAGGACGACGUUGAGGAUGCCGCCGAUCGUCUCCGGGCUCUGGGAAUCGAGAUGUUCGCCAUCGGCAUUGGAGACGUCCACGAUCUGCAGCUCCUACAGAUCACAGGAACACCGGAGAGGCUGUUCACCGUGAACAACUUCAACAGCUUGGAUAAGAUCAAGCAAAGGGUGGUCGAGACAAUCUGCAAAUCCAAGGACUCUGGAGACCGCCCCAAAGUUGACUGCAGCAUCGAUAUCGCCAUGGGAUUCGAUAUUACUCGGAGAACGGGUGGGAUUCUGGUCAACGGUCACACCAAACUCCAGAGCUUCCUGCCGGACAUCGCCCAUUACGUAUCCUCGGUUCAGGGUCUGUGCUGCACUGGCCCUAAGCCCGUCAACACCAACAUUGCGUAUCGAGUGGUGGGUGAAGACGGAUCUAUCAAGUACGACGUGAACUUCGAGGCCUACAGCGAGGAGGUGGUGAGGAAAGUCAUGACCCAUAAUAUGGCAGAGCCCACUAAAUUCAACAUCGCCAUGCUGAAAUCCUUCGGACAGAAGUUCAACACCGAGUCCAGAGCCAGCGUGAAGGUGCUGGUGAUCUUCUCCGACGGACUCGAUGGAGACGUGAUGAGUCUAGAGCAGGAAGCAGAGCUGCUCCGAAGAUCUGGGGUCACCACUCUGCUCACCGUGGCCCUGGAGGGGGCCCGGGACCCCGCCCAGCUGCAGAUGGUGGAGUUCGGACGAGGGUUCGGAUACAAACUCCCUCUGAGCAUCGGCAUGCCGAGCGUGGGCAGCACCAUCCUCAAACAGAUCGACUCGGUGUCGGACAGGGAGUGCUGCAACGUCAUGUGCAAGUGUUCGGGACACGAAGGCAUCCGAGGCUCUCGAGGCCCCCCGGGGUCAAAGGGUUUGUCUGGACAGAAGGGCUUCCCCGGCUUCCCCGGAGAGGAGGGCGUCCCUGGGGAGCGAGGGCGUCCUGGACCCAGUGGACCUCAGGGUGUUCAGGGUUGCUCUGGAAUCAGAGGACAGAAGGGAUACCGAGGCCUGCGGGGAAACAGGGGCGAGGACGGAGACAACGGUCUGGACGGGGUGAACGGAGAACAGGGACUCACUGGGAGAGAUGGAUCUCGGGGAGAGAUUGGACACCCUGGAAACUCAGGUAUCCCGGGCAUCAGAGGGGAGGCGGGGCUUAGAGGACAGCGAGGACUGAGAGGAGACCCGGGGGAGCCCGGUGCUGAUAACACCAGCCCAGGAGCCAAAGGAGACCUUGGGAACCCUGGAUUACCGGGGCCCCCCGGUCAGGACGGGCGACCAGGCGAGAGCGGAAUCCUUGGAAACUCGGGUCCGGACGGGAGGAGAGGGCCGCUCGGGGAGAAGGGUGCAUCUGGACAGCCUGGAGAUCCGGGACUCCAAGGCAUCCCCGGAGCUUCAGGUCCACAGGGUCCCAGAGGGGUCAGAGGUCAGCCUGGACCCAGAGGACUCGCUGGCCUGCCUGGACCUCAGGGAGGACCGGGAACAGCUGGAAACCCGGGGUCAGCGGGGCGGCGAGGAGCUAACGGACAGAAGGGCCAACCGGGAGACCCAGGAGACAAGGGAGUCCCAGGACCACGGGGACCCCGAGGCAUGCCGGGUCAGGACGGUAAAGACGGGUAUGGACCUGCAGGGUCGAAAGGAGCAAAGGGAGAUCCUGGUUUUCCUGGUUACCCCGGGCUGGUGGGGGAGAGCGGCCUGCAGGGACCUGAAGGAUACCCGGGGCGCAAAGGGAACGUCGGGCGAGGCGGGAACUCGGGCAGGCCCGGAGAAUCAGGCGUGUCCGGAGAUCCAGGAUAUCCAGGACACAGGGGUCCCAGAGGUUCUCCUGGAUCCAGAGACCAGACUGAGUGUCAGCUGAUCACCUACAUCAGAGACAACUGUGCUUGUUCCAUGGACGGCUCGUCGUGCCCGGCCUUCCCCACGGAGCUGGUGCUGGGGCUGGACAUGUCGGAGGACGUGACGCCGGCGGCCUUCGAGCGGCAGCGCUCGGCCCUGCUGACGCUGCUGGAGGACGUCUCCGUCUCCGAGAGCAACUGUCCCACGGGGGCCCGUGUGGCCGUGGUGGGGUACAGCGCCCACACCAAGUACCUGAUCCGCUUCCAGGACUACCGGCGCAAGACGCAGCUGCUGGAGCUGCUGAGGAACGUGGCCCUGGAAAGGACGUCCAGCCGGCGGCAGCUGGGGGCCGCCAUGCGCUUCGUGGGGCAGCACGUCUUCAAGCGCGUGCGAGCGGGAGUGAUGAUGAGGAAGGUGGCCGUCUUCCUCUCCAACGGGCCGUCGCAGGACGUGGAAGACAUCCUCACCGCCACCAUGGAGUACCGCGGCCUCAACAUCGUCCCCGUCGUCAUCUCGCUGAAGGCCGCUCCUGCUGUCGCCCGGGCCCUGAAGGUGGACGAAUCCGGGGCCUCCAUUUUCACGCUGCUGGGGAGGGACCCGGCCCCCGACCUGAUGAAGGUCAAGAACUGCGCCAUCUGUUACGACCCGUGCCAGCGUUCGCAGCAGUGCUCCUUCAUCCAGGACCCGGUGCCGCCUCAGGAGGCGGAUGUGGACCUGGUUCUGGUGGUGGACAGCUCCAGGGAGGUGCAGGCUGACGAGUAUGCCGGCAUGCAGCAGCUGCUGGGCUCCGUGGUGGAGCAGCUGGCCGUGACCCCCACGCCCCGCAGGACCAGCCCAGGGGCCCGCUUGGCCGUCGUCCAGCAGAGCGGCACCCGGACCCCCAAGGUGGAGUUUGGGUUUGGGACCUUCCAGACCUCCGCCCUGAUGAGGAGGCACCUGAUGAACAUGACGCAGCAGGGCGGCUCCUCGGCGCUGGGCUUCACUCUGGACUUCGCCCUGAAGGAGCUGUUCCCGAAGGCAGCGCAGCCCGGCAGGAAGAGGGCGGUGCUGACCGUGGUGGGAACCAGCACGGCCCUCGAGGACCGGGCCAAGCUCAACUACGUCUCCCAGAAGGCCAAGUGCGAGGGGGUGGCGGUGUUCGUGGUGACGGUGGGCGAGCGCUACGACCGCAGGCAGGUGGAGGAGUUGGCGGGGGGGCCGGUCCUGCAGCACCUGGUCCACCUGGACAGACUGAAGGCCGAGGAGCAGGGCUACACCCAGCGCUUCUUCAGGGUCUUCCUCUCCGCUCUCACCAAGGGGGUGAACGCUUAUCCCCCCUCCUCUUUAACUCGGACCUGUGAGCAGCUGAGGGAGCCAAGUGGAGGACAGCUCUUCAUCCCGGGGCAGGGGGCGGCCGAGGUGGAGUUGUUUGGGGAGGAGGUGCAGGGGGAGACUGGCUUUCAGGAGCAGACAGGAGGACAGACCGGACAGCUGGACAUCAUCGACUCCCUGACGCUGAGAGGAGACGGACAGAGAUUCAUCUCACGGUCCAACGCCCGUUGUCGGCUGCAGGCUGACGCUGGCUCUCAGUGUGAGGACUUUGUCCGCCGCUGGUUCUUUGACUCGGACCUCGGUGCAUGCUCGGCCUUCUGGUACGGCGGUUGCGACGGUAACGCUAACCGCUUUAACUCGGAGCAUGAGUGUUUCCGGACGUGUGGCCAGCAUCCGAACAUCCUCCCUCAGCCGGAGCUGGCCAGUUUCGGCUCCAAAGACAGCUGCUUCCUGAAGCAGGACGUGGGCAGCUGCAGUAACUACACCAUGGUGUGGUUCUUCGACUCAGAGCAGAGCGAGUGCUCGCGCUUCUGGUUCGGAGGCUGCGGAGGAAACAAGAACCGCUUCAACACGCAGGACGAGUGCGAGAGCCUCUGUCUGACGAAGAGCCGGUGAGGAGGAGGAAGAGCAGGACGAGGAGGAGGAAGAGGAGGAGGAAAACACAGAAUGUCACACGUGCAUCUCCUGAGGAAACAGCAGAGAGACUUUACGAAUGACUCCAGAACUUUUGUUGUGGGACUUUUAAACGAAACUAAAAACACCUUCAGGGAAAGUUUAAACUGUUCCAAAAACCAAAAUGCUUCUGAGUCAGCAGGAAGUUAUUUCCUUGUUUUAUUUUAAACCUUCACCAUUUUGCAAUAGAGAAUUUUAGAUUAAAGCUGACGGAGACAAACAGUUUGAGUCUUCUUAUCAGGUGCUAUCUGUGGAGGCUGGAGUGUGUGUGAAGGGAGGCUUCAGAAACCACAAUAAAGUGUUCUUAUGUAAACCAGCUCCACGUGUUUCUUUGAGUCACUGCUCAGAGAGGUUUCAUUCAUAGGACCAGCUGCUGAGACACGACAGGAAGUGAGACUGCAUCUGGACAUCACGACACAUUAGAUAAAAGCAUCACUCAAGCUGGAAAAUAAGUCUGAAGGAAUAAUUUAAGCGAGUUAGUUGUUGAAUACCAAGGGAAUAAUCCUAAAGUAUGAACACUGAUAUACAUAUGUUUUAAACCGACGCCCCUCUUGAGUAGUUGCAGAUAAAGGAACAUUAGAAGAAUACUUUUUUGAAAGACCAGCAGAAUAGUCAGUUGUUCAAGACUUGAAACUAAUAAAUGAAUCGUAAAGAUUCAUCUUUAAAUAGUUGUCAGCUUUCUAAAUAUUAGCCAAAUAUUAAACUAAUUCAUUAGUAUUUCAAACUCUCUGCUCCUGGAUUUUGAACAUGUGGAGAUUUUUCGACGGUGCUUCAUGUAAAAAACAAAACAAUAAAGACUUUAUAAAAUGUU